AUGCCUCCUCGUAAAAAAACUGCUGACGGUGCCGCACCUGCUGCUCCUACUCGCUCCAGCUCACGUAACAAAGCAGCCAAGAAUGCCGCUGAUGCAGUUGCUACGGCUACUACCGUUUCAAAACCAAAGUCCAAAACUAAACGCGCUCAUCCUAGCUCUGACGAUGAGGACGAUGCUCCUGCCAAGAAACCCGCGAGUAAGAAAGCGAAGAAAUCAAAAACUACUGUAGAUGAGGAUGAAGAUGCUAAAGCAGAAGAUAAGCCUGCGAACAUUAAGCAGGUGAUUAAAAGAGGCGCAGCUCCUGUUGAUGAGGUGUCAGGGAAAGUCUCAACGCAUCAAGUCUACGCCAAUGAAGAAGGCGUUUGGGAUGCUAUGCUCAAUCAAACAGACAUUAAUGCGAACAAAAACAAGUUCUACGUCCUGCAACUUCUGCACCCCAUCAGUAGCAAUGCUACUUGUGAACUCUUCACUCAUUGGGGUCGCGUAGGAGAACGGGGGCAAACUCAAACGAAGGGACCUUUUACCUCCGCUCAAGCCAUAAACGAGUUCAAGAAACAGUUCAAGGCCAAGUCGGGUGUAGAUUGGGAGAGCAGGGUCGGCAUGGAACCCAAGAAAGGGAAAUACUUUUUCCUAGAACGCGACUAUGAUGAUGAAGAAGAUACUGAACAAAAAGACAAACCCAAGAGCAAAGGAAAAGGCAAAGCUCAAACCGAGCAACAACCGAUUCCGGAAUGCACUCUCAAACCCGAGGUCCAGGAAUUCUGUCGACUUAUCUUCAACACUAGCAUUAUCGACGCUACAUUGUCUUCGAUGAAUUAUGACGCAAAUAAGCUUCCUUUGGGCAAACUUUCGAAAGCAACUAUUCUCAAAGGCUUCGCUGCCCUGAAGGCACUCUCUGAAGUUAUUGAUAACCCCAACAGCGAAGAAGCAAAGAGGUGGGGCGGACAACAGGCAGGAUGUGCAGAACUCACCAACCGAUAUUACUCUAUCAUCCCGCACGACUUUGGAAGAAAUAAACCUCCUGCAAUCAACACCCAAAAUGCAUUGAAGAAAGAACUCGAACUUGUUGAUGCUCUCGGCGAUAUGGAAAUUGCCACAGAACUCAUGCAAGCGAGUAAUGCUUCAGAUGGAGAGGGCAAUCCCGUGAACCCUCUUGACGCACAAUUCAAUUCCCUUUCACUCAGCAAGAUGGACCCAGUUGAGCGUGAUAGCGACGAGUUCAAGAUGCUCGCCAGGUACAUGUCAGAUACUCAUGGCAAGACACAUGGACACAUCAAAGCCAAACUUAAGAACGUCUAUCGUGUUGAAAGGAGCGUUGAAACUGAAGCUUGGAAGAAUGCUGGCAACGACACCCUCCAGAACCAGGAAAGAAUGUUACUCUGGCAUGGGUCCAGAACGACCAACUUUGCUGGUAUCUUGUCGCAAGGUCUCCGAAUUGCUCCCCCGGAAGCUCCUGUCAAUGGUUAUAUGUUCGGAAAGGGUGUAUACUUUGCCGACAUGAUGUCGAAGUCUGCAGGCUACUGUUACCCUCAUUUGAGCGGAGGCACUGGUGUUCUUUUGCUCUGUGAAGUAGCUGCCCAGCCAUUCUAUGAGCGCUAUGAUGCGGAAUACGAUGCCGACCGAAGUUGCAAAAAACAGGGCAAGAGGGCUACAAAGGGUAUCGGACGCACCGCGCCCACAAAAUGGAAGGAUGCCGGCAAAGCUCUCAAUAACGAGGAACUGGAGGGCUGUAUCAUGCCAGAUGGCCCUUGUGCUGAUGAUCCAAGCCCUAAGGGUUAUUUGCAAUACAACGAGUAUAUUGUCUACGAUAUCUCCCAAAUUCGGGUCAAGUAUCUCUUUAUGGUUCAGAUGUAG